AAACAUACCGGAUGUUCAUGACGUAAUGAGGUUUUAGACCGUAGGGGAUUGUGGGGCAGGUGGGGAAGCUUCCAUUAUGGCGGCUUCCAUUUCAGGUUAUACUUUCAGUUCUGUGUGUUAUCACAGUGCUAACAGCAACUCCGACCACGAAGGUUUUUUGCUGGGGGAAGUGAGGCAAGAGGAAUCGUUUAGCAUAAGUGAUGCUCAGAUCAGCAACACUGAAUUUCUCCAAGUAGUUGAAAUCCAUAACCAUGAACCUUGUGCACAACUAUUUAGCUUUUAUGACUACGCAGGUAAAGUGAGUGAAGUGAACCUCAACAAAAUUCUCAAAGAUAGAAGAAAAAAUGUCAUUGGCUGGUACCGGUUCAGAAGAAACACACAGCAACAAAUGUCAUUCAGGGAACAGAUCAUCCACAAGCAGCUGACACAGAUCUUGGGUGUGCCCGACCUUGUCUUCCUUCUCUUCAGCUUCAUCUCCACUGCCAACAACUCGACGCACGCGCUAGAGUAUGUGCUCUUCAGGCCAAACAAACGGUACAAUCAAAGGGUCUCCCUCAGCAUCCCUAACCUUGGCAACACCAGCCAGCAGGAGUAUAAGGUAUCAUCGGUACCAAACACGUCACUGAACUACGCCAAGGUGAUCAAAGAACAGGGGGCUGAAUUUUUUGACAAGGAUGGAGUAAUGAAGGAUAUCAGAACAAUAUUUCAGGUGUACAGUGCACUUCAAGAAAAGGUUCAGGCUGUCUGUGGGGAGGUUGAACAGAGUGAACGUGUGAAAGAAAAAAUCCAGGAUGAAGUAAACAGACUCAAACAGGAAAUAGCACUCAGAAAAAGAAAGAGUGCAGAGGAAGAAAGAAGACUCCAGGAAUUAGAAGCCGCAGAAACUGUGGAGUCGAGCGCAUCUGUACUGGAAAAUUCCGAUUCUUCUGUGACGUCCAGGAUUGGCUUCCGCAGCGCCACCUUGGAGCGGAUGGGCCUGGAGAGACCGGGGACCUCGGACAUGCCGCCGCUGUAUUCGGACGUGGUCGGCCGCGACUCCACCACGGUGCUCGGCAGCAAGGCCAACGUCGUCUUCCUCCCCAGACCUCAGGCCGUGGGCUCACCAGGACACCCCCACCCGCUGAGUCUGCCGCUGGGCGACGGGUCCAGUUUGGACUCCUUGGACAGGCGGGCUGCUGGCCAGGAGGACGAGGAGGAUGAGGAUGAGGAAGAGGAGAGCAACGAUUGUGAGAACCUAGAAAAUGAGCUGUCCUUGUCACCCGGGGACGUCACGCUGCCGCCCAGUCAGGGCCGGCCGGCUUCUCUCAGACCUGAUGGUGACUCGCACAGCACUCCGAGCUCCUAGGCAUGAACACGGGGACGUCGCACGCUGCGCUGGGAAGCUGUGCAUCCCCACGGAUUGGGGGAAUCUCGGCCUUGGCAGUAAAAGGUUUUGCGUGGAUGGCUUUGCUGUGUUCUCAUAGGUCGUAUUAUCGUUUUUGUUUCUUUGAAUUAUGCUAGGGAGUCCAGGCUGCCAGUUGUGACUCUCAGAAAAAGGCUUCUGGGGAAACUGGACCAGUUUUGCCUUGGUGAAGGUCUAAAAAAAAAUCCCUUUGAAAUAAAUCUCUUUCAGAGGAAAGUUGUUUGGAGAUUGAUGGAGUAAACCUGCAGGGGGUGCUAUGGUGGGUAGACCGGGUUUGGCCCCACCACUGAAAUAGGCUAAUGCUCUGGAUUAAUGUCUGACACCUGCUACCAACAGAUAGCAUCAAGUUGUACCAUUACCUCUUGCACUAUUUUGCCUUGUUUUAUUGUUUAUUUAAAGGGAAUUCAUUUUUUGAGGCCUUUAAAGAGUCAAAUUGGUGGUUAUCUAACAUAUGUAUGUAUGUAGAUAUGUAUAUACAUAUAUAUAUUGCAUUAGCUUGCACGUUUAUCUUACACUUGACUAAGGACUGUCAUUAGCAUUUUAUUCCUUUAACAUUCAUAUACUGUAGUCUUAUUAAUCGUGGCUGCCUAUUUCUCUAACAAAGUGAAUUCGGAUGGAGGUUUCACUCAGUUACAAUAAGGGGUGCUUAUUUUAAUACUACAAAAUAACAUGGUUACCCUUUACCAUGGCGCAAUGUACAUUUAUCAAAUCACGGAUAUUUUCAGCUCUUUACUGUACUUCAGUUUUUUUCCCGGAUUCUUUAUCGUGCUUUGCCAGUCCUGUUUAGUUGUGCCAAAAACAGUAAGCUUUUAUCUUUAGGUCCAGAUAGGAUUGUCCUUUGUGUAGUACUUGGGAUAUACAGAAUCAAGCACUAUGUAGCUUGCUAAUAGAAAACAUUAGGCAGUAGUCUCUUGACACAUUUGAGAGCUAAUGCUGAAAAGGAAAUUGCUAACACUGCUUGUAUUAUCACUAAUAUUAAUUGCUUGUUUCUGCAACUGAGAUGAGACAUCGGUGUGAAAGGGAGACACUUUGUGGCACUCUGGACUGGGCUGGAUUGAGUCCGGGGGGUUCAGGCAUUGAACAAUGUCCUAAUACAAUAAAUGAACCCCAUGGCCUUAAUUUGAGCCAGUGUUGGAGUGGAAACAGAUGUGAUGAGAUCUUGUUAGAGUCAUGGUGCCUUUCUAUCACUAAAUCCUCAUGUUGGGUGGUCAGACACCAAGAAGAAUUAUUCAAAAUGGUGCUUGGCUAGAAGAUGGCCUGGGAUUUGGUGACGCAAAGCAGAAACGUGCAGGUCCUGGGUUCAAAGGACGUCAUACACAGGCCACGCAUGGAGAACCGAAUUGUUUAUUGAUAUUAUUGCGCACUGAAAGCUAUAGAGAGAACAGAAUCAGCUGCUGUCAACUUAAAUUUAAUAAGAAUAGCCAUUAGUCUAGGUGAACAUUGUGGUCAGAAGCUUUACUCUGUCUGUCGUUUGUGAAAGAGAAAGCUUUCGCAACCCAAAGCUGGGGCUUUUUCUGCUUUAGAGUAUUUUAGCAUUCUAACAUUUUAAAUAACGGCAACCAUCUGACCGCGUCUAAGGUUAACACUUUUAGAUAGAUCCAUGUUUGGUGACGAUGAUGAUGAUGAUGACGACGGUAAACCUACAGUUCAAAUGAGCAAGUUGUUUGUGAACAAUGAAUGUCUUUCCUACAGAAAAGCUGAAAAUAAUCAGAACGUGUAUAUGAAAAACACAUUAAACAGUACUGUAUUUAAUAAUUA